UGUAAAGCUCUAUCUGAUCACGGAUCUACUGCGCGGUGUUUCGAAGCAGCAGCGUAGUAUAAUGAUGUGAAGUGAAUUCAGCAGAUGGCAGUAUCUGUCAGACCCGCGUGAGCGCCUCAACAAUGACACUUGCAACAUUGUAACAUUAAAACAUUCGAACGCGGUGCGCGCAGAUACAAUGCAUCGACCGCGACAGACGCUGUCGAGCCAAAGCAGAAACGCCGACGAGGAUUAAACCUGCGAUGGCUCUCCAUUUCUCUCUCACGUCUCUCGGGGAGCUCCAAUCGCUCGCUACUCGAACCGACAGCUAAUACUGCCAGGCACAGGCGGCUGCGUGCGUUACACGGGGCUCAUGGCGGAGUUUGUCGCCGAGAACUGCGGGGUCUCAUCGCCGAGCGCUGGCGGGAAAUCCGCCCAGCCCGGCGAUGGUGCGGACGGCAGAGCUGCGAGCGAGGUGUCGGUCUCAAACGGGGACUGUGGACUGUGUGCGCCCGAGAACCAGGGGCUCAAGACGGCCAACGCGUCUGUGGAGCUGGACGGCAAAACUAGAAUCCCACGGAAGGCCAGUAUUAUUAAGGAUGGUUCCAGGCGUUGCAAGGAAAGGAAAAAGACGGUGUCGUUCAGUAGCAUGCCAACAGAGAAGAAGAUCAGCAGUGCAAGCGACUGUAUUAAUUCUAUGGUGGACGGGUCUGAACUGAGGAAAGUACGCUCCAACUCCAGAGUCUACCACCGAUAUUUCCUCCUAGAUGCCGACAUGCAGUCUUUGCGAUGGGAGCCAUCCAAAAAAGAGUCGGACAAGGCCAAGAUUGAUGUAAAAUCGAUUAAAGAGGUGCGAACCGGUAAAAACACGGACACCUUCAGGACCAAUGGAAUUUCGGAUCAGAUUUCCGAGGAUUGUGCAUUCUCUAUAAUCUAUGGGGAGAGCUAUGAAUCACUUGAUUUAGUGGCAAAUUCAGCCGAUGUAGCAAAUAUAUGGGUGACUGGACUCAGGUACUUAAUGUCGUAUGGAAAACACACACUUAACAUGAUUCAGAGCAGUCAGGACAACAUGCGUGCGUCCUGGCUGGGUGACCUCUUCGAUGAAGUGGACGUCAUUGGCGGAAAAUGCAUUAGUCUUUGUUCGGCCGUACAGCUGAUCAAGAAGUUAAGUCCUGGACUGAAAAAUGUCAAGAUAGAGCUGAAGUUCAAAGAGUUGCACAAAGCGAAAGAUAAAACCGGUUCCGACGUGACCAAGGAGGAGUUCAUCGAAGUCUUUCACGACCUUUGCACAAGACCAGAAAUCUAUUUUUUGUUGGUCCAGUUCUCAAGCAACAAGGAAUUUCUUGACACCAAGGACUUGAUGAUCUUUUUGGAGGCAGAGCAGGGCAUGGCCAAGGUGAGCGAAGACAUCAGUGUGGAAAUUAUUCAGAAGUAUGAACCCUCGAAGGAGGGGCAACUCAAGGGAUGGCUCUCCCUGGAUGGGUUUACCAAUUACCUCAUGUCAGCAGACUGCCACAUCUUUGAUCCUGAACAAAAAAUAGUAUGCCAAGACAUGAACCAACCCCUUUCUCACUAUUACAUAAACUCUUCCCACAAUACCUACCUGAUUGAGGACCAGUUCAGGGGUCCGUCAGACAUUACAGGCUACAUCCGUGCCCUAAAGAUGGGCUGCAGGAGCGUGGAACUUGAUGUGUGGGAUGGGCCCGAUAAUGAACCAGUCAUUUACACGGGCCAUACGAUGACCUCGCAUAUUGUCUUCCACAGCGUCAUUGACAUCAUCAACAAGUAUGCUUUCGUAGCCUCGGAAUUUCCUUUGAUCUUGUGCUUGGAGAACCACUGUUCCUUGAAGCAACAGAAGGUAAUGUUUCAGCACCUGAAGAAAAUACUCGGAGACAAAAUUCACACGGAUCCUCCCAACCUUGAGGACAACUACCUUCAGUCCCCUUCGUACCUAAAGGGAAAGAUUCUUCUGAAAGGAAAGAAACUUGCGAGCAACUGCACCGGCUCUGAAGGCGAGGUGACGGAUGAGGACGAGGGUGCGGAAAUGUCUCAAAGGAUGAACAACGAAGGUGGUGAGCAGCAGACGGUUGUUCAACCCAAAAAGUUCCAGCUCUCUAAGGAUCUCUCGGACUUGGUAACCUUAUGCAAGUCUGUUCGGUUUAAGGAUUUCCAGACGGCUUUCCAGAACCAGAAGCACUGGGAGCUCUGCUCCUUCAAUGAGGUCUUUGCCAGUCGGUGUGCCACUGACCACCCUGGCGAGUUUGUUAACUACAACAAGAAGUUUCUAGCGAGGGUUUACCCAAGUCCAAUGCGAAUUGAUUCCAGCAACAUGAACCCGCAGGACUUUUGGAAAUGUGGCUGUCAAAUAGUAGCAAUGAACUAUCAAACACCUGGUCUCAUGAUGGACCUCAACAUUGGCUGGUUUAGACAAAACGGGAACUGUGGGUAUGUUUUACGCCCAGCGAUCAUGAGGGAGCAGGUGUCUUAUUUCAGUGCCAAUACUAAAGACUCUGUUCCGGGAGUGUCUCCACAGCUCCUUCACAUAAAGAUCAUUAGCGGACAAAAUUUACCCAAACCCAAGGGCUCAGGCGCCAAAGGCGAUGUGGUAGAUCCCUACGUUUACGUUGAAAUUCAUGGCAUCCCUGCGGAUUGUGCAGAACAAAGGACUAAAACGAUCCAUCAGAAUGGCGACAACCCCAUCUUUGACGAGAGUUUCGAGUUUCAGAUUAACCUUCCGGAACUGGCAAUGGUGCGCUUUGUUGUUCUGGAUGACGACUACAUUGGGGACGAGUUUAUCGGUCAGUACACAAUUCCGUUUGAAUGCAUUCAGCCAGGUUUCCGCCACAUUCCCCUCCAGUCGCUGACGGGCGAAGUCCUUCCACAUGCCUGGGUCUUUGUCCAUGUGGCCAUUACUAACCGUCGUGGUGGUGGUAAACCUCACAAAAGGGGGCUUUCGGUCCGCAAGAGUAAAAGGGGUCGGGAGUACGCCACUAUGAGGAUACUUCUCAUCAAGGCUGUAGAUGAAGUCUUUAAAUCUGCUGCACAGCCACUUCGGGAGGCCACUGAUCUCAGAGAGAACAUGCAGAUGCUCAUUACGUGUCCCUUUCUCCCGUGUUCACAGAUGAUCCAGACCAGCCAAACGCUGCUGGAGAACUCAGACAGCGUGUACGAGCGAAUACUGCAAGUCCAGAAAGCAGCGAUGGAGUUCCAUGAGAAACUACACGACAUGGCGAUGAAGGAGGGACUGAAGGGAAGAAAACUCCACAAAUCUGUAGAGAGCUUCACCUGGAACAUCACGAUUCUGAAGGGCCAGGCCGAUCUGCUGAAACACGCUCGGGCGGAAGUGCUGGAAAACAUGAAACAGAUCCACUACGCCGCCCUCACCUGUAACCUGGCCAAGGGAGUGGCGAGACCCUCAUCCGUGUCGGGCUCCAAGGGCCGCCGCAGCCUGGACGCCAUCCCGGAGACCAUGGCGGAGAAGGCGGUCGGGGAGGACGACAUCACAGACGAGGAGAACUGAGGGGGCCGAAGCGUCCCGCCAAAUCCCAUAAAUCCUCUCCCAGGUUCGGCGUGUACCGAGAGAGCAUUUCGAAAGAUCUCCGCGCGUCUUGCCCGCAGGACACUUCAGAAUGAAACGGAGCCAAGGCCUCCUCUACUUCCCGUUCCCGUCCCCUGUCCGUGUCUCUCCGGGGUCAGGUGGGUGUCGACGAGGCCGAACUUGGCUCCAGGUCUUUCUACAAGCACAAACUUUGAGUAUUAGGAGGAAUUAGAACUGAAGCCAUGAAUGUAACGAGACGUCGUGUGCGAGGAAAGAAGGAAGCUGUUUACAAUAAAGAACUACUUCGUGUUCUGUCUGCUAAAAUAGUAUGUGUGUGUAUAUACAGUAUAAAUAUAUAUAUGGAGAUCUGUUACCUUUUUUGCUAUGUGAACUUUUAAUGGAUCAGAUUAUUUUGUUAUGAGAAAUGGAUGUUUCAAAGAGCUCUUAUUUUAUUUGCUUGUACAGAACUUGAGAUGUGGAUCUUACGAGACGGCCCCGGCCCUUGAUGGGCUUUUUAAAAAUUAUUUGUAUAAAUGCAGGAGGAUUUUGAGGAUGUGGUUCGAGAGAGAAUCUAGUUUUAGAUAUUACCAGCAGCUACUGUACAUGUGAAUAGGUGAGAGUCUCUGGAUGAUAGUUUUGUCUCUUUGGCCACGUGCACAAUGCAAAAUUGAAAUGCAGAUGGUUUUAUCCAAAGCAACUUACAAAUGAAAAUUUCCGUAAAAUUGUCAUUCUGUGUGUAUACAGAAUACAGGCCUGACGAUUUAGCAUAACGUGUUCCUAAAAAAGAAACACGAAAGCCAACAGUUUAACCCAGUGGUUCUCAACGCCCAAAAUUGUCCACAACUAUAUUUGAAGGUCCCCCUUAAUUUAAAGGAUUAAAAAUAGAUUUUUUUACUCUAUAAAAUCUAUUUGAAUAUGGC